UCCUCGCUCCUCCCCAUCCCAUCUAUCUGCUGAAAAAAUCGCCACGCCAUCCACGCCGCUCACGAUCCCCGCUGCGGCGCCUGCGUCGAUGGGCUCCCCUCGGUCCUCCUCCACCAAGCACCCGCCCUCCCAUGGUCGUGGUCCAUCCUCUACCAAGCUGUUGAUUGGGAGUCCCUUGAGGCCUUACCACGACCAUGGAAUCCCUUGCCCUCGCCUGCGUCAAUGGACCCGCCCGUGACCGGACCGAGAGCAUGUUAUCGCACUCCUCGUCUUCUCCAAUCGACACACCCCGCCGCUCCGACACGGGCGCAUCAACGCCGGAGCUCCCCUGCUCAGCUUCGCCGUGCUGCUCCCCUGCUCUCCCGCACGUCCUCCUCCGCCGCCGGGGAUGCCUACGCCACCGCUCCCUCCUGCCUCGCGCAGCUCCCCUGGCCCCCUUGCCUGCCUCCCAAAUCUCCCCUCUUUCACCCCCAAAGUUGUUUCUUCUUCCUCCCGCUGCGUCUCCUGCUUGCGCGCUGCGGCGACACCUCCUCCUCGUUGCCCCCGACGCCGGAGGAGGCACGGGGAAAGCAACAGUGUCUCGCGCUGCGCUUGCGCCACCUCGGGUGUGCGUGGGCCUACGGGUCGGUCGCCGCCUCGGCCGUGCGCCAGUCCGCAAAGGAGGAGGAAGGGGAUUCCGUUCGCCGCCAAGGCGUACUGGGUAUGCUCCUCGAGUCCCCGCUCUUCAGGCCCCUCCUCACCCCCCUCAUCAAGAAGCAGAACAACAUGACGCAGAUGCUGUAGCGCACGGGGAUCCCCGACCGGCCCAUGUUCUUCCCGGAGUACCCUCUCUCUGUACAAGCAAAAGCAGCUAUGAGAAACUUUUCAUUCAGUCAAGUUCUACUGAUUUUUAGUCUUCUUGAAUUUUGUAUAGUUGAGAUAGAUGUUCUACUUCUUUCAUUCAGUCAGGCUCUACUGAAACAUUUUGCAGAAACAAUGUACUGCUGAAACUGAAAAAAGGAACAGAAACAUAAAUGUUCUGCUGAAACUGAAAAAAGGAACAGAACCACACCUGAAUAAUU